UGCCUGCUGGUGCGGGAGCGCGCCUGCGGGAUCUGCAUGGAGAGAAGCGCGGUGACGGUCACGUGACGGAGUCUGCUGCUGGCUGAGUGAAGCGUGUUAGCAGAUUUUUCUGUUUUGUACAUACAUUGUUUUGUAUAUACUGUAUAUGAUGAGCUCAGUGGGCGUCGAACGAGCCCGGGGCACUCGGGACAAAGCGCUGCCCACUACCACACAGACCACACAACCACAGAAACAGCUUCAGGCUACAGCCGAACAGAUCCGUCUGGCCCAGAUGAUCUAUGACAAGAACGAUGCAGAUUUCGAGGACAAAGUGAAACAGUUAAUGGAGGUUACAGGGAAGAACCAAGACGAUUGCAUGGUUGCUCUUCACGACUGUAAUGAGGACGUCAACAGAGCCAUCAACUUCCUGCUCGAGGGAACAUCUGAUGCGACCUCUUGGGAAACGGUGGGGAAAAAGAAAAGUAUCGGGAAGGAUGGACCCUCGUCUGAGAGUAAGGAAAACAAGGAAAAUAGGGAGAAGAAAGAGAGGGAAAGCAGCAAGGGUCGUGGAGGGCCGAGCCGCCGGGGCCGAGGGACCAGUCGCAACAGGCCUGCAAGGACUGAAGAGAAUGGUGUGGACCCUGCUCCUGUUGAGAGAGGUGCUGACCGAGGGCGUAGGGGAAGAGGGAGAGUGUCUGGAGGUCGAGGCAGAGGUCGGGCUCCGGCUACCAGCAGGUUUACAGCACAGGGCAUGGGGACCUUUAACCCUGCAGACUACACCACAGACAGUGGGACAUCAAACUCACAUGCUGAUGUGUGGGAGACAGGGGCCAAUGACACUACAGAUGGGACAGUGGCAUGGCAGAACACUCUGGACGAGUGGGCAGCUGAAGACUGGAGUGAAGAUGUGAGUCUCUCUGAGACCAAAGUGUUCACUUCCUCUUGUGCACCUCCAACUGAGAACCACAUCACACCUGGCCAAAGCCUGGAUCUGUCAACUCUGCUGCAGAAGCCUGUGGACCGAGAGGAGGUGGGAGGUCUCAAGGCCGUGGGCUCCUCUCAGGGGCUUGGCCACAGUCUGGUCUUCACCAACUCCCACCACCAGCCUGCUCGAAACGGAGGCACACCUGCUGGCUCCAACAGCUACACACAUGCCACCCUGUCCUCUGUUUUGGGUUCUGGUUUUGGAGAGCUGGGUGGUCCAAAACUCGGGCAGACGGCUGGGCAGCAAAUACUGGAACAGCUGAAGGGGCCUGGUCUUGGGCAGCUUACCUCCCAGCCCUCUAGCACAGGGACCAACUGCACCCCUGUAGGGGGGCUGGUGGGGACGGGGAUGUCUGUCCCCUCCUCCUCCUGGGACAUCAAACCUCCUGGAACACAGAGCUCUACUUCCCUCCCCUCCCAAUUCAGUCGAGAGUUUCAAAUGCAGCCAGAGCCAUCUUUGGUGCUAAGCCAACUCGCCCAGCGGCAGCAAAGCUCCCUGACCCACACGGGGCCUCUUGCCAGGCAGCCCAGCCCUCCCCCUUUAAGUACCCCAUCGACUGCCCAGGGCACACUGGAAGCCUUUCCGAAAGCGCCAGAACCUUCUCAGCACCGUGAUGGGCCCUCGAUGGCCCCCUCACAGACAGGCGACUCUCAGGGCAGCAGCACACAGCAGCGGCAGAUAAAGACUCAAAAGCGACGGAUACCUCCCACUUCCAAGAUCCCCGCGUCUGCAGUAGAGAUGCCUGGCUCAGCAGAUGUGUCUGGUCUCAAUGUGCAGUUUGGUGCCCUGGACUUUGGUUCAGAAUCUGCCCUGCCGGACUUCAGCCAAUCGGAGAACUGCAGCAGUGAACCCAUAAGAGAGACUGCAGUAGUUUCUCAGUCACAAAGCAGCCUUUACUCUAAACCAAUCAGUGAAUCUCUGAGCAGUCCGGUCCCUUUGCUGCUGCCUCUGGCCUCUUCUGACAGCAUCUACCCCUCUCCCUCAGUCCCUCUCCCAAGCCUCGCCCCGUCCCACAGCACCCCCAGCUCGGCCACAGCUCCCUCGUCCUCCUCUUCCUCCUCUUCCUCGUCCGCUGCAUCAUCGGCGGGGAACAGCUUUGACUGCGGUGUGGCUCCUCACUCAAGACUGACCUUUUCACAGAGCAAGGAGCCUUCUGGACCUGUGACAAACGGUUUCAAUGGUGCGAGGACCUCUGCUGCUUUAGACACCACAUCGAGUUCCUCCACUCCAAAACAAGAGUCCCCCUCUCUGGUUAGCAACACAAGUGUUGCUCCAUCUGCCCCAUCCUCGCUGCUGCCCUCUUCUGUUACACCACACAGCUCUGCUUUGCCCAGCCUGGCAUCUGAGCUGUCCUCCGCCAGUUUACCUCCGCUCAGCAGUCAUGUGAGCAGUGGCCAUCCCUCUGUGUCGGCACUUUGCACCACAUCUUCACAUACAUAUACCAGUGUGGACAGCGUCAACUCUCUCGCCCCCUCGUCCAUGGCGUUUUCCUCCCCGCCAGUGUCUGCUCUGGCCAGCAGUAGCAUGAACAACUCAGUGAGCGGUGGGAACAGUCUGCAUGGGCCUGGAGUUUUGGGUCAUGGCCCCAACGGUAGCACGCCUUCUGCUGUCAGGACGGCCCAGCUACUGUCUUCUUCCAGCGGUAAAGCUCCUCCUAAUCUCUCUCAGGGGGUUCCUCCACUGCUGCCUAACCAGUACAUCAUGGGACCCGGAGGUCUGCUGCCUGCCUACCCGCAGAUUUAUGGCUACGAGGACCUCCACAUGCUACAAUCCAGACUACCAAUGGAUUACUAUGGAAUCACAUUCCCAGGGCCCACCGCUCCGCUGUCUGGCAGAGAUGGGAGCCUCGCCAGCAACCCUUACUCAGGUGAUGUCACAAAGUUUGGCCGAGGAGAAUCCACCUCACCAGCGCCCUCUAGCAGCCUGUCUGCAGCUCACGCCCCACAGACAGCACAGCCUCCGCAGGCACAGAGCCAAGGCCAGAACCAGCCUCAGCCGCAGGGCCACCACAACACUCAACAGCCCUUCCUCAACCCAGCUCUGCCCCCCGGAUAUAGCUACACGGGCCUGCCCUACUACCCUGGGGUGCCCGGCGUGCCCAGUGCAUUCCAGUACGGACCCACCAUGUUUGUCCCCCCUGCCUCGGCCAAACAGCAUGGCAUGGGACUCAGCAACCCCACAACGCCAUUCCAGCAGCCCAGUGGCUACGGCCAGCAUGCCUUCAGCUCAGGGUAUGAUGACCUGACGCAAGGCCCAGCAGGAUCCGAUUACAGCAAAGGCUAUAGUAACUCCUCUCAAACACAGGCCAAAUCUGCUGCCUCUGGCCCAGGGAAAGGUACAGACAUGAGAAUACCUGGUGUCUCUGUGACAUCUAGCAAUUCUGGGGUGCCAGACAUCAGUGGAACUGUUUACAAUAAAACACAGCCGUUCGAGAAGCAGGGUUUCCAUGCUGGCACACCUCCACCUUUCAACCUCCCGUCUGCUCUUGGUGGCACAGGACCUUUGACCCCUGGAGCUGCCCCAGGUUAUGCUCCUGCUCCAUUCCUUCACAUUCUGCCUGCUCACCAGCAGCCCCACUCUCAGCUGCUCCACCAUCACCUCACCCAGGACGGACAGGGAGGGCCAAGCCAGAGGAGCCAGUCCAGCACCAUGCAGCAGAAGACCCAGGUCAACAAGUCCAACUAUGGCAGCUCUCCUUACUGGGGCAACUGAGCGCCACGAGAGCAGAGGGACGCCCCAACACACUACCAUCAUCUUCAUCCUCCUCCCACGUUCUCAUCUCCCCUUUUCAAAGUUUUGGCUGUUGUAUGUAAAGUAUAUUUAUGUAUGUAUUUAUACAGUAUAUAUGUAUUGGUAGGAUAUGAAAUGUGGUUUUUCUGCAUUUUGGUUUUUGAAGGAUGGUUUCUUUUGUUUUAUUUUUCAUCGCUAACUGGCUAAGAGGAUAUGAUGACAUAGAGAAGUGAUGAGAACACAACUGAAGGGUGGAUAUACUUGAAGCAGAGAAGGCAUCGUGAUUCACACAUGGGAGUUUUUAUUUGUAUACAUAACCCUGAUAAUGUAUGUACAUUACUGCUAAGCUUGAUCACUCGAUGGUGAAGCCUUUUUUUUAACUUUUGUAUUUUGCUCCUCUCCCAUUUCCCCCCCUUCACCCGUGAACUUUUUUCUAUCGAGGGGGUUUUAAUUUCAGUGCUUAAUUUUGGUUCCCUCUGCCCUUCAUUUGUGACAACCCCCAACCCCGAACCACCAAAUUGGCUAAACGGUAGCAUUUUAGAUCAGAUUUCAUUUUAACAUUGGUUUUACCCUUGUUGUCAAAAUAAAACUGUCCAGUUUA